AUGGAAGACAAAGAAGAAAAACAAGAUUCUGAUGAAGAAAAUAGAGAAUACAUGAGGGAAAUUCUGCAAACCAUCAAUAGACAAAGUCUGGGAUUGGCAUCUUCUGUGGCGUUUUACAAUUUACAUUUGAUCAUUUCGAACCCACAUGAAGAAUUACUCAAAGUUACUGUUGGUGGAUCAAAAUUUACAGGAGAUUUUGAAACUUUGAAAAAAUGCUAUUUACUGGAACAAAAAUACUGGAAGGAAUUCUUUGCAACUCCAUUUGAUGCAUCUCCUUCGGUGGAUCUUCAAAGCCAAAAUUCUCCUCCUCCCGGUUUUGACGUCGUUGGUGAAUCAUCCCCAACCAAAGUACCCAACUCUGCAUACAUAGGGAACACUCACACUUGUGACAAUUACGUGGGGCAUCGGACGACAAAAUUGGUGCACGAAGCAACCAAAUACAUCAAGAAAUGCUUGGGUGGUGGCCAUGAUGAUGCCCUCCUGUUCUGCGGCUCUGGCACGACUGCAGCUAUUAAAAGGCUUCAAGAAGUAAUGGGUAUUGCCGUACCAUCAAUUUUGAGAGACAGGGUACUAAAAUGUCUUGGAAAGGAAGAAAGGUGGGUGGUUUUUGUCGGACCUUAUGAGCACCACUCAAACCUUCUUUCAUGGCGGCAAAGCUUGGGUCAAGUAGUAGAGAUUGGUUUGGAUGAUGACGGUUUGAUAGACAUGGAGGCUCUACAACUACAACUUGAAUCGUAUAAACACGCCAACAGGCCUAUUUUGGGUUCCUUUUCGGCUUGUAGCAACGUGACUGGAAUUUAUUCGGAUACACGAGCAAUUGCUAGACUUCUUCAUCAAUAUGGAGGUUUUGCAUGCUUCGAUUUUGCAGCAAGUGGUCCUUACGUGGAGAUUGACAUGAAGUCUGGGGAGAUGGAUGGCUAUGACGCCAUUUUCCUUAGCCUACAUAAGUUUCUCGGUGGCCCCGGAUCGCCGGGCAUUCUUCUGAUGAGCAAUGCCCUUUAUCUCCUAAAAUCUUCUCCACCAUCGACUUGUGGAGGUGGAACUGUUAAUUAUGUCAACGGCUUAAGUGAAAAGGACACAUUAUAUGUGGAUGACAUUGAAGAAAGGGAAAACGGUGGCACUCCACAAAUAAUCCAAACAGUUAGAGCAGCAUUGGCUUUCUGGGUAAAGGAAUACGUUGGCUACCAAGUGAUUGAAAAACAAGAGCAAGCCUACAUACGAAGAGCGCUUCAGAGGCUUCUCCCAAACAAGAACAUCUGCAUUUUAGGAAAUACAACCACCAAACGACAAGCCAUAUUGUCUUUCCUCAUUUAUAGUACAACCAAUUCCACCUUGUCUGGCCUCAAAAACAAUAGCAGAGAGAUAAGGGAUGCGCUUAACAUGUGGGGAGAGAGUGGGAACAAGAGAGAUAAGCCUCUUCAUGGACCAUUGGUUGCAUCACUCCUGAACGACUUGUUUGGCAUCCAGGCUCGAGGUGGGUGCGCUUGUGCUGGACCCUAUGGUCACAUCCUGCUUAAUGUCGAUGGCGCCCAUUCACUUGCCCUCAGAGCUGCUAUUUUAGAGGGCUACGUUGGAGCAAAACCCGGAUGGACUAGAAUCAGCUUUCCCUACUACAUAUCAGAGGAGGAGUUUGAGUUUAUUUUAGCUGCACUGGAAUUUCUAGCUAUUUAUGGGCAACGAUUCCUUCCUCUGUACUACUUCAAUUUGAGAACAGGAAGCUGGACUUUUAAGAAGAAGGCACUUAAGGAGCUACUGAUCAGGAAAGAAAAUAAUUACAAUGUUCACGUCUUAAACUUAGAAGAUUGCAAUUCUAAAGCGUCUGACGACGAUGAAGAAAGAAAUAAGAUAAGUAAAUAUAGAAACUAUUUAGAAACGGCGAAGCACAUUUCCAGUUUGCUUCCCAAGUUCCCUUCUCAGCCUAGACUUCCGGAGGAUAUGGAUACCAACCUUCUUCAAUUCAGAGUCUAG